ACUGUUGCUUGUUCUUCAGAUUGUAUUUGGGACAAAAUUAAUCCAUUUUCGUUCAACUUCUAGUAAACCACCAAAAGCCGAGUAGCAGAAUCAGAGCAGAGAAUGGCGGUUUAUCUUAUCAUGUUUACCGUCAUCCUCUUAUCUCUCUUCUGUUUUUCUUCUCAACACCAACAUGUCAACGACGACCAUGACCACUUGAUCGGCGAAUUGCAAGAAGCGAAUCUUAAAAUCGCUCAGUUAGAAUCUGUCCUUGAAGAAAUAGUCGAAACGAUUGAUGCAAAAAGUCGAUUAUCAGAAGAACGUGACAAGUUCAUCGAGGAUAUGCAAAAUCAGAUUCAGUAUCUUCAGUCCAGUCUAUAUAGUACUAAGGGUGAUUCAUCACGUAUUGAUGAAAGAAUUAACACACUUCGAGAAGAGGUAAAACUUCUGUGGGCUUCUUUAAGAAAGAACAACUUUGAUACUCAUAUUUUGCAAGCAAAAACUCAAGAUGCUAAUGAUCGGUUAAAAGUUGUUAUUUCAGAAGUUGAAAAGAUGGCAGACAUUGUCGCAGAACAGUGGAUCCAAAUACAGCAACUUGUGCAGAUGAGAGAGUUUAAUGCUCGAAGGCACAAGACGACUACAAGAUGCACAUUCUUGAAGUUCAUCAACAGCUUUUAUGAAGUAUACAUUCAGAAGUUCCUUGGGGUGUUGGAUUCUUAUACCUUAGGGAAGAAGAAUACUCUGAGUUCUUACAUUUCUCGAGGAUUGCAACAGUUAAAGGCCUUGUGGUCUGCAGUAAAACUUCUGUGGGCUUCUUUAAGAAAGAACAACUUUGAUACUCAUAUUUUGCAAGCAAAAACUCAAGAUGCUAAUGAUCGGUUAAAAGUUGUUAUUUCAGAAGUUGAAAAGAUGGCAGACAUUGUCGCAGAACAGUGGAUCCAAAUACAGCAACUUGUGCAGAUGAGAGAGUUUAAUGCUCGAAGGCACAAGACGACUACAAGAUGCACAUUCUUGAAGUUCAUCAACAGCUUUUAUGAAGUAUACAUUCAGAAGUUCCUUGGGGUGUUGGAUUCUUAUACCUUAGGGAAGAAGAAUACUCUGAGUUCUUACAUUUCUCGAGGAUUGCAACAGUUAAAGGCCUUGUGGUCUGCAGUUAAGAAGUAUCAUUAUGAGUUGCAAGGUUUCGUCAAAGACAAGAUGGAGAGAAAUGAAUUCACUGCAUCUUUCGCAAAUGAGGAAGUGGUAUUUUUUGUGGCUUCUGCAUUAAUUACCUUCCCAAUAUUGUGGGUCUGGAUGUUGCUGUCAUCACAGUUCAGCUAGUAGAGAAAGUCCUUUGAAAGAAGUUGGCAGCUGAUUUUUUGUGCAAGCUGUUCUCUUUUCCCUUCUUUUUCUCCCCUUUUCUGUUGCCCAGCCUUUUCCUUCUUUGGGCCUUUCACGUCUAAAACAAAAAACAUGAACGCAAAA